AGGCCAGGGUAGGUAAAAUGCGGCUGGGAGCUGCGGGGGCUCUCCCAUCCCACGGUGCCCUGUCAGCAAGCACCUUUGCUGUUGGGGAAGGGGGUUGUGCUGGCUUGGCUUCGGUCAGCUAAGCGAUGGGCUGGGGAUGAAGCAGUGGAUGAAGCACAUUGUUUUCUUUCCCAGCUCCUCCUGGGCUGCAGUAGGGAAGCUGGUUGAACCCUUGGGGCAUCACCUUGUUUGGUGGCACCACGUGAAGGAAUCUCAUUGCAAGGUCUCCCAGGAGCCUCCAGAUCACCCAGGAGUGGAGUAUUGCCACAGGAGUGCCACCGCUGAAAUGGAGGCCCUGCUCCCUGGUCUCUCCCUGCUUCUGGUCCUCCUGGCGUUGGGAUGGGGAAGCGGGGCAGUUGCAGCCUGGGCAACACCUCCUGGCAGCUGUGAGCUCGUGCAGAGCACCACAGACUGCACUGGGAGAUGGCUGAGCUCCGUCCCAGGAAAUCUUCGAGGUGAUACUGAGGAGCUGUUGCUUGAUGACAAUACUAUCCAGAUUCUGGGCAACACCUCCCUGCUCUCGUACCACCAGCUGCGGCGUCUCAGCUUGACCAAGAACCGACUGGAGCUCAUCAUGCCUGGUGCUUUCCUCAGCAGCCAAGGCCUCCACAUGCUCUCCCUGGCAGACAACCUCCUCUUCACCAACUACUCACUGACAGCAGCUGCUCUUUCUGCUCUGCCAGCCUUGAGAAUGCUGGAUCUGUCUGGAAACCGCCUCACUGAGAACAUGGUAUCGGUUUUGGUCUGGAACCUGUCUUCCUUGGAGUCCUUGUCUGUGGCCAGGAACCUCAUCAUGAGGCUGGACUCAUCUGUCUUCAUGAACCUGACACAGCUGUUGGAGCUGAACCUGGAGAAGAACUACAUCUUUGAGAUUGAUCAAGCUUUUGAAGGGCUGCAGAAGCUGCAGAGGCUCAAUGUAGCUUACAACUACCUCCCAUGUGUAGUGGAGUUCAGCCUGACCCAGCUCAGGGUGCUCAAUGUCAGCAACAAUGUCAUAGAGUGGUUUCUGGCCCUGGAAAGUGAUGACCUCUUUGAGCUGGAGGUGCUGGACUUGUCCCACAACCGCCUCCUCUUUUUCCCCGUGUUGCCCCGGCAGAGCAAGCUGCACUCCUUGCUGCUGAAGGACAACGAGAUGAGCUUCUACCAGCGCCUCCCCAACGGCACAUCCCUGGCUGACGUCACGGUGCAGUUCCUGCUCAUCGAUGGCAACUCCACCAACGUCACGACGGUCAGCCUCUGGGAUGAGAUCUGUCACAGCAACCUCUCCUCCCUGCGCCUCCUGGACAUGAGCCAGAACCAGGUCUGGUACCUGCCAGAGGGCUUCCUGGCCCAGAUGCCCUCCCUGACCCACCUGAAGCUCAACCAGAACUGCCUGGAGACGUUUCACCUGUCGGAGGGGGACCCCUUAGCCAUGCUGACAGAGCUGGACCUCAGCCAGAACCAGCUGGCAGAGCUGGGGGCGGAGGUGGGGGCCAGGGACAUCCUGCCCAACCUGCAGCUCUUCAACCUCAGCACCAACAGGCUGCGGGUGCUUCCUCCUCAGGUUUUCACCUACAUCAGGAAGAUCACUACCGUGGACCUCAGCCGCAACCGUGUUGACCUCUGUCCCCAGCCAGCUGUUGGAGAUGAGGUGGAGGGUCCCCCCUGCGUGGACAUCAGGGGCAUCAAGACCUUGACUCAUCUCUCCUUGGCUGGCUGUGGUCUGCGGGGACUGGGUGGCCACCCCUUCCGGGGGACAUCGCUGAUGCAUUUGGACCUCUCCGACAACCAUCAGGCACUGUCCAGGGACCUGAGGUGGCUGCGGGACCUUGCUCUGACGCUGCAGGUGUUGUCUCUGAGGAACACCAACCUCUCCUCUGUCGUGGUGGACUUCUCUGCCUUUAACAGCCUCGUGCGCUUGGACCUUUCGGGGAAUUCCUUGACUGUCUUCCCCACCUCGCUGGGCACCCUGAAACUGCGCAGCCUGGACCUGCGGGACAACUGCCUCCCGGCUCUGCCACCAGACGUCACGCAGACCCUGCUGGGGAGGAGCCUGCGGGAGCUCUACCUCAGCCGAAACCCGUACAACUGCUGCAUGCUGGGCUGGUGGGACUCCCUGCAGCAGGUUGAGGGGUUGCGGGUCCCUGAUGGGCAGGAGGUGACGUGCAGCUACGCCUCCCGAACGCUGAGCCCCAGGGCGCUACCCGAGCCCGUCCUGUGGAGCUGCCGCUGGCAGAUGGCCGACCUGGCGCUCCUCUACCUGGUCUUGGCUCUGCCCACCUGCCUGACGCUCCUCGUGGCCAUCGCCAUUGUCUUCCUCAUGUUCAAGCAAAAGCUGCUGAAAAUGGUGAAAAGCCGGUGCGGGGUGUCCAGCUCUUACUGAUGGCUGAGGAGGAGGAGGAGGAAGGGCUUGGGAACAGUGAAUGAGAGUGGGUUGCCAGGAUUACAGGCAGUAACCCCUCUGAGGUGGGUGAGAUGGAUGAGGUGGUGAAACUUGAUGGAUGGAGGACCAGGAGGUGCUGGGAGAGCUGCUGUUCCUGCUAGGUGCCCCGGGGUACCCAAAGGGUGUGGGGCUGUAUCUGGUGAUGGAGUUUGGGGCUGUGCUGGGUGUCCUCAAGGGACAUCCCUCAAAAGGGAUGUCUUUAGCAGAAACCUUCACUGCUGUUGGCGAGAGCUGAGGGGACACACCACCAAACCCCUCUUGGCUGAAGGAGCACAGACUGACUCCUCCAGCACUGUUUUUCCCCUCUUUUGGGCAGUUCCUUUUAUUUAUUCACCCCCAUACCAAACUCUGUGCUGCAAAACAUCCUCCAGUCCUGCAACCAGCCUCCAUGAAGCGUCCCAGCCUGGAGUGAGCAUCACCUGGGGGCUGCAGAGAAGGGUCUCCGUGGCCACAGCGUCCCACGCUGGUCUUUCUGGCACUGGCAAACUCACAGGCAGCCGCGGGCGUGCACCCUCCUGUGUGCGCGCGCUGAUAAGACAGGUGUGUCAGCAGGGCUGAAAGACACGUUUUGGGGUGUUGUUGCUUGGUUAAGUCACGAUCUUGGUUAGAAAAAGCUCAUUAAAAAUAGCCCAAGCUGCAACAAUGUAAAAUAUUGAUUGAAAGACAGGAGAAUAAAUUAUAUUACUGGUAAUAUUUUAUUGUUGAUUUUUUUUUUCUCCAGCAACUGCUGGAUUAAAUGGACGCAAAGGAGAUAAAGUAGGAGAAAGCCUUCCUUCUUGUUGCAUAAGCCCUGCUCUCGUGGGCUGUUGGUUCCGCCAGCGUGGGGGGGUUUCCUCCACCCAGCCCUGGUCACAGCACGUACUGCUACCUGGGGAAGUGCUGCUUUGUUCCUCGGAGGGUUACUGUGGGUGGAAAUGAGAAGUGAUGGUGGCUUGUGCUCACUCAAAAGCCCUGCUGAGAACCAGAGUGGCUUUAUUCCCGUGGCCCCAUUGGGAUUUUUUCAGUGUGUUCAAGUUUAACAGGAACAGGGUGUGUGGGGAAGCGAGCAGCAGUGCUGUUGUGGGCAUGCUGGGGGCUUGUUCUUGCCUGGACUCUGAUGAGCUCAGUGGGGUGAUGUGGGGAUAUGGGCUCGAGCACCCUCAGCCAGCCCCAGUGUGACUCUGCCUUACACUGGAGUUGUCCUGGGAGGUGGUGGAGGUGGAUGCGUGAAGCUUGGGAGCGAUGCUGGGGCAGGGCAGGAGGAGGUGAGGCAGGGAUCAGGGCAGGAUCCUCCCUGGCACAGGUGUGGGGACAAGGAUUGGGGUUGUUGGUGAGCUGGUGGCUGUGUCGGCCUGGAAAAAACAGCAUAGGUCAGACCCGCCAGCAGCACUGCUGGGGCCGAGCACUGGUGAGGCUCUGGGUACCCAACUGUCAAAUCUGCCUCAGAAAAUGCUUGCUUUCUGGCCCUAUUUUAGACCGAAAUAGCCAAAAUGAAAUCAGGCCCUAGCUAGGGGAAUCCCUCAACCCGUAUCAGCCAUUCUUUUGCCCGUAAACUGCGUGCCCGAGGGACAAGAGUGACCUAUAAAUAUGUCCUUGCACUGUCCUCCGUCGGAUCUGUGCCAGCACCAGGUACUGCAGCUGUGUUUCGGUGAGCAGGGUGCCCCCGUGAGCACCCCUCUCCCUGGGGCCGUUUCCCUCUGCAGCGGGUUCCAGGUCCAGCCUCGGAGGGUGGGUAUGUGCGCUUCCUCCACCGCUGCGGCUGCUGCUGCUUCUCCUUUUGGUGGGGGGAUGUGGGGUGCGCACAGAGGUGGGAACCCGGGUGUCUGGGACUGCCUGGGGUGUGGAUAAAAAGCGGGUGUUUGUGCUCAUAUUGAGCCUACGUGGGGGACACAACACUCCUCCAUCACAGGAGGUGUUAGCAGCUUUCCCAAGAGCAGGGCCAUGGCAAGUGGAAAGCUAAGGCUCCCCUGGAGCUGGGGUGUGCAAGGCGUGUCAGGGCAACAAGGCCAGCUCCUGCUUUUAGCAUGGUUGAUGUCUUUACGAAGCUGCUGUUCAUCAUCUUUGCAAGGUCAGGGUGAGCAGGGGAGGUCCUCAGGGACAGGAGAAAGGCAAAUAUUGCACCCACCUUCAGUAACGGCCAAAAGGACAUCCUGGGGAGCAACAACACAGUCACCCUUAUGUUGGG